AUGAGUCAAACACCACCUCCGAAUGUUUUGGACGCCUUUGGUGCAGAGGGCUCUCUGAUACACGUCCCAGGUGGUCGAGGUCUCUGCUAUCGUACUUCGCAAAACAUCCUUCUCCGACCAUCAGACGAUGGCAAAGAAUCCGAAUACAUCGCAAUCCUUUGCAAAUCUCUCCUUGAGCUUCGUCCCAUCGACUACCGCGUCCCUAGGCCAAUCCCAGCUUCAGAGUUUUCUGCGAGAUAUGUUUGUAGUGGCUGGACGGCCUGGGAAUAUCUUGAAGGGAAAGCAACUCCUCAGGGAAACUUUGAUAUUCUUAUGAGAGCUUGCCGUGCCUUUCAUGCUGAUGCCAUGGGAUUGGCUACUGAGAAGCCCUUGUUUUUAUCGACGAGACAGGAUCGAUUUACAGAGGCAGAUCUUGUGACUUGGGAGGAAAAGAAACUCGAGGAUGUCGAGGAGAUCAACAGCGAUGUUAUGGCUACUAUUCAAACAACCCUUGACCAACUUCUGAAGCUACGACAACCAUUUCGACAGGAAAUCACAAAUCACCUUAUACAUGGCGACUUAACCGGAAAUGUCUUAUUCGACUCGGAAAACAACAGCCCUCCGGCAAUUAUCGAUAUCACGCUUUACUGGCGACCAGUUGACUAUGCAGAAGCUAUCAUAGUGGCAGACGGGCUCAUCUGGCUGAACGAAGAUCGAAAGUUGGUUGAGAUGUUUGGCACUGAUCAUACAAGGAUCCAGCUCCUCGUGAGAGCCUUGUACUGGCGGUGCUUGUGUUUUGCUAUUGAUCCAAUUCUCCCCUGGGUAAACGAUAAUCUUCCAAAAGCGAACUUUAAAGAAGCUAUUGAGAUUGUGAGGGAAUUGAUAGGCGAAUGCAUUUGAGAUAAUGAGAGAUAGGUUGCUGGGUGCUUGCUCUUGAUACCGUACACAGAGCGUAUGAAUACCAGGAUGGUUUUAAAGGUG